CGCCGCUGGCAAGGUAUCUGUCUCAGCUACAUGUGCGGGGGCUAUAUGUUAGAGGUGGUGGGCCCACAUUCGUUUCCCCAAUCCCUUUCUACCAAGACCGACCGACCGUCGAGUCGAACACCUCGAUCCUCGAAUUUUCUUCGCCCGCUCUUCUCCAAAAUUGUGCAGCCCGCUAUGGCACCCAGCUCGGCCAUUGUUGGACUUGCUCCUCCGCCGCCUGGGGUAACGCCGAAUUUUGCACAUCCAGAGUCCAUCGGAUACCGUAUUUUGAUUACACUGGUAGUAUGUUUGGUGCUGUGUACGUGUGUCCUCCUUCUGCGACUGUACACAAGGUACUUUAUUACUCGUAUGCUUGGUGCUGAUGACUACAUGAUAAUUGCCGCAAUGGUGUUUCUAUCUUAUUUGACCAGAAUUCACGGGCUGCGUGUGGCUAACAAUUUCCAUUUAGCUUCUAUCGAUGGGUUAUCUUGUUAGUGUGAUCGAGCUUAUUAGAUAUGGAGUUGGGAUGCA